CCAGAUAUGAAGUCGAAAUUGUUGGUGAAACCACUUGUUCUACUAAUAGUCACCUUUGGUGUCACCAUUUUCUUUGUGCGAAACCCAUCAUCUCCACUACCCGAUUCUAUGGCGAGAAGCUUUGUGCUAUGGCUUCAUGGGUUGGGUGAUUCAGGACCUGCCAAUGAACCGAUUAAGACCCUUUUCACAUCUCCCGAGUUCAGAAACACUGUUUGGUCUUUUCCCUCUGCUCCUUCUAAACCCGUCACUUGUAACCAUGGUGCUGUGAUGCCUUCAUGGUUUGACAUACAUGAGAUACCUGUGACAGCUGAUUCUCCAAAAGAUGAGAAUGGUGUGCCCAAAGCAGUUCAGAAUGUGCAUGCCAUGAUAGACAAAGAGAUAGCUGCUGGCACAAGUCCUAAUAACGUUUUUGUAUGUGGAUUUAGUCAAGGAGGUGCGUUGACUUUGGCCAGUGUUUUGCUAUACCCAAAAACUCUAGGAGGAGGUGCAGUGUUUAGUGGAUGGGUUCCAUUUAAUUCUUCUAUAGUAGAACAGAUUACACCAGAUGCAAAAAAGACACCUAUCCUGUGGUCUCAUGGUAUUGCUGACAGAACAGUAUUAUUUGAAGCUGGACAAGCGGGUCCACCUUUCCUUGAACAAGCUGGCGUGAGCUGUGAGUUCAAGGCUUACCCAGGGCUGGGCCAUUCUAUAAUUCUCGAGGAGUUGAGUUGCUUGGGAUCAUGGAUCAAAUCUCGUCUCCAGAGCUCUUCCUGAAGUUUUGGCAAUAUUGGAAUUUCAAUCUGAUAAUUAUCCCAGGUUCUCACCAUUCCAAUUAUCGUUUGAUAUGUCUGAAACUGCUAGGCUUAAAUACGAAAUUGCUGUAUUUGAUUGCUAGACGACUUCAUGGAAUAUUUAAGAUGUUAUGUAGAGAGUAACUUGAGCUAUCAUUUGUGUAUUGGUUUUAUUUCUUCUUCUUCUUCUUCUU